CUUCCUGUCAUUGUACAGAGCGGUAGUGAAUAUUAAAUCGUUUAUUUUUUCAUUCAUGUGAUUAAUUAUAUUAAAAUUUACAAUAAAUAUUUCGGUUGCGAUCAUGGAUUACGUAACUAGAUCAAUAAUAUUACUAGUCAUACUCUCUUCUGUAGCGUCUCGUAAGUUAUUAUUUACAUUCACAUUAAUGCAGUGUAUUAAACUCAAUGGAACGUGCAAAGUUAUUACGGAUUGCGAAUAUGUCGUGAAAUUAAUUAGUAGCUUAGCAUCAAGCAAAGAGACCGAUAAUACGAGAAAACAGUUACGAAAUAUGCUUUGUGGUUUCCAAGGAUCGACCCCAGUGGUUUGCUGCCCCGAUGUCCCACCAAACUCUGACUUCAUAGUGUACAACAAAUCCGAAGAAACUGCCACGAACAGACCGAAGACUACCACCACACCGCUUGCCGACCUAGUUCGAAGGACCACAUCAACCUUCCGGACCACAGAAGCGGCAACCGCUACUGAAAUACCAAUAAAAACGGAACCUCCAACGGAGAAGCCUGACCCUUUCCCUGAUAGAGAGAUAUGUGGCGAAUCAACAGGUUCUGACAGAAUAAUUGGCGGAACAAUCGCUGCAAUUGAUGAAUUCCCAUGGAUGGCCCUCGUCAAAUACUUAGAUCAUGACAACAAAUUCCAAUUAAGUUGUUCAGCCACUCUCAUCACGGACCGUCACCUUCUGUCUGCCGCGCAUUGCUUCUCGGGUCACACACUAACACCUGUCAGUAUUCGCCUGGGUGAGUGGAAUACUCAGUCGCCAAAUGAGUGUUUCGACAGUGUAUGUGCUGAUCCACCGGUGGAGAUUGAAAUAGAAAAAGUAUUCCUCUACCCCAAGUACAAGAAAGAAGCCUUGACUUUUGGGGACAUUGCUGUUAUAAAACUGAAGCAGCCGGUUAACUUUACAGACUUUAUACAACCCAUCUGCCUGCCUACAACUGAAUACAUCAAAAUGCAGGACUAUACGCGAGAUAGUUCCUACUGGACUGCUGGCUGGGGAGUAACUGAGUUUGGUGAAACAUCUAUGGUCAAACGGAAAGUGGAUGUCGAAGCUGUGCCAAUAGACAUUUGUCGAGCUGCCAUACCCUAUAUCCCAGAAUCAUCCUCGCAGUUCUUGAUUUGUGCUGGAGGCAGAGGCGGCAAGGACUCGUGUAGAGGAGACUCCGGAGGUCCUUUGAUGAGGGAGGUCAGAGAGAACUACAGAUCGAACUGGUUCCUCUAUGGCAUUACAAGUUUUGGGGGUAAAGCAUGCGGGCAAGCAGGCAUACCCGGAGCCUACACAAGGGUCACUGCAUACAUGGACUGGAUACGCGACAUUGUUCAGACUUGAUUCUUCCGUCCUCAAUUCGAAUAAACUCCAAGUAUUCAAACUUUAUCCCAGCUUUUGUAUCGUCAAUGGUCUAAAGCUAAGAUCUAUAGAGCGAUAGAUUUAUGUCAGACACAAACCUGUGAGCAGUGUGCUGAAGAUUAAAAGGCAACAAUUUACUCUAAGAAGAAACUACGAAUUUGGAGGCCCUUUAAUAUGGGAGGUUAGAGAACAUUGUAGAUCCAACGGAUGCUGUAGGAAAUAAUGAUAAUGUUGAUAAAAAAUAGCACCUCAAGAUUGGCAAUGAGAUAAAUGUUUGUACCGGAAACCAGAAUGCAUCCGUAAAAGGACAACAUAAGAGAAUUAA